GCGGCCGAUGGGGGGCGCCGUCGCGAGAGGAGCACCGCGGCGCCAUCGCUGCCACUCCCGAAUGGAGUUCCCGUGCAGGACGCCGGCCCGCACGCAGGGCCCCCAGGGCCCCGGGGCGUCUGCUCUUCCUCUGCUGCUGCUGCUGCUGCUGCUGCUGCUGCUGCUGCUGCUGCUGCCACCGAGGCCCGUGGGCUGCCUGGCAAGCCAAGCCCCAGGGACACUGCCUGAGCUUGCUUCCGCCGGCCCUGGCGUCCCCUGCACCUCCAGUGCCACCUGUCCCUCAGACGAGCCUCGCCUCCCCCGCCAGGCCCCCACCGACCUGUCGCAGCCCAUGCCCCUCCAGACCCAGACCAUGUCUGUUUCUACCGGGUACAACAGCUUCCUCACCUGCGGCUCCUCCCACGAGAAGGACCCCACCCUCAGGGACCCAGAGUCCAUGGCUCGGCGGUGGCCAUGGAUGGUCAGCGUGCAGGCCAACGGCACACACAUCUGUGCGGGCACCCUCAUUGCCUCCCGCUGGGUGCUGACUGUGGCCCACUGCCUGAUCUUGCAAAAUGUUACCUAUUCAGUGCGGGUGGGGAGCCCGAGAAUAGACCAGAAAUCCCCGACGACCUCCGACGUCCCAGUGUACCAGGUCAUCUUGAACAAACGGUACCGGCCGCAUCGGUACUGGUCCUGGGUGGGUCGGGCCCACGACAUUGCCCUCCUCAAGCUCACGUGGCCGCUCAAAUACAACAAGUACGUCUGGCCCAUCUGCCUGCCUGGCUUGGACUUUGAGGUGAAGGACGGCUCCCUCUGCACUGUAACGGGCUGGGGACUCCCCAAGUUUAACGGCGUGUGGCCCCAGUUCCUGAGCAUUCAGGAGAAGGGAGUCACCAUCCUGAACAACAAGGAUUGUGACAAGUUAUACCACAAGGUCUCCAAAGUGCCCUCUCUGGUUCGGGUCGUGGACUCCCAGAUGGUCUGUGCGGAGGACUUGGACAGGGAACACUUCUGCUACGAGAUAAGUGGUGAGCCCUUGGCCUGUUCUGUGGACUCUACGUGGUACCUGGUGGGACUGGUGACCUGGGGCCCAGGCUGCGGGAGGAGCGAGGCCCCGCCCAUCUACCUGCAGGUCACCGCCUACCAGCACUGGAUCUGGGAACGGGUCAGCGGGCAGGCCCUGUCAGCCCCAUCCAGGGCCCUGCUCCUGGUGCUCCUGCUGUCCCUCAGCCUCCUUGCUGCCCUCUGACAUCCUCGUGCUGUCCCCUGGGGGUGCCGUCCUCACCCUCUGGGCCCAGCAUGCUGCAGGUGUAGCUCUCCCUGCCCCGCAGGGCAGGGCAGAGCAGAGAUGAGGUGCUCAAUUAAAGGCUUCUCUU